ACGAGUUGCCAGAAACGAAAAUGGCGCGCAAAGUGUAGAACGUGUUUACGUUGCGUUGCUCGUCCCGCAAAACGAUGGAAUCGGAAUUUGAAGGCUUUUCCAGUGGCAGUGAAAUAUUGACCAAACAUGCCGAUCGGUGGCGUAAGGUGAGCUUCGGUGUACCGGUUUUCGAUCGGCUUACGGGUGGCGGUAUCGGUGCCCGGGGAAUCUUCGAGCUGGCAGGUGAUCCGGGAUCGGGCAAAACACAGAUCGCACUAAAGCUAGCACUGACGGCCCAGCGCACCGUGCCGAACUCCAGCGUGGUGUACAUCUGCACCGAGCAUAUGUUUCCUUCGCGCAGGCUGGUACAGAUGGAGGCAGAAUACAAACGUCAGCAGAGUGCGGAUAAUGCCGUACGGGAACAUAACUUUGCAGACCACAUACUGGUGGAGCACGUAUGGUGUGUGCCUACCUUGAUCGCCUGUUUGUUCGAUCGACUGCCCAAGCUGCUGGAAGGCACAAAAAUCAGUGUGCUUAUCAUCGAUUCCAUCGCGAGCCCAUUCGUGGAGGAAAGGGACUACAUUUCGCGGGCGGAAACCUUCCGCUCAAUAGUGCACCGGCUGCACCAACUGCAGGAGCGCCACAACUUUGCCAUCUUCGUAACGAACCAGGUCCGUUCGGUGAUCGACUCUUCCACGCUGGACGACCAGCGGAACGUUCCGGCGCUGGGGCUCGCCUGGAGUACGCUGGUGCACACGCGCUUGCAGCUUUCCCGCACCACGCUAAGCUCGAACGAUCGACGCUGCACGGUUGUGUUUGGACCAUUGGCCCCGAAGCAUGGCUUCUAUCAGAUCGACGAGUCGGGACCGGUGGAUACGAAGCCUUUCGCGUAUUAAUGAGUUGAGUAAGAAAUAACACCCACACAUGUUUUCCAGCUUUUCUAUUACACACCUCUCACUAGUGGUGUUCCAGCUUUAUUAUUGUUCAUAGGAGAUAGAUGUCGUAAUCGGGCCCAUCCGUGCCGAAUAUACCUAAUAUCAGUAGAGCAUGAGCGAUCGCGCGAUUUCGCCUCUUUUUGUGGGAACGGUGAGAUCUUUUCUGCCAUACACACACAUACACCAAUUACAAUCAAUUUUCUUCGACCAAAUACGAUAAAAAGUAGAGAGUAUAUAGGUUUGAUUGUUAACAGUACAGUACAUAAACAGUGUUCGUUUAGUAAAUGCGCCUAAACCAGUUUCCUCCUAAACAGAUUCCUAAAUAGCAAUAACAUUCACCUUUGGCAAAUA